AUGAUAAAAUUAGAUACAUCGUACAGUUUAGGAUCCAUUAUUGAAUCAAAUUUCUUGGGGAUUUCAAAUGAUGCCGAACCGGAUAAUGUUAUUGUCACCUUAUCGAAGAACAUGGUUACUUGUUUUCACAUGCCAAGUCAAAAUCAGGUGCAUUGUUGGAGCAGUUCCGAUAAAUUGUCUUCCGGAGUGAUAUUUGAUCCAUCAACUAAUUGUUAUUAUGGUGUUUUUAACUAUACCCGAAUUGGCAAAUGGUUACGGAGCUCUUUAAUGAUGAAAGAUAUGAAGAAAUUUAAUUUCACUGCAAAAAUUAUUAAACUUUUAACCAGAUUAGAUUACAAGGGAGCAGUUGCUGUUUUUGAAAAUGGUCAUUGCGAGUGUUUAAAAGAAGCAAUCGGUAACAGGAAAAAAAUCAGAGAUGCUGUCAUUAAUGAUGGUGAAACAAUUGAGUUAGCUAAAUUAUGUAUAUUCAGGACAAAAGCUAUAUGUAUUAUUGUGUCUGUUGAUAGCAAGAAUAUAAAAACAUUACGAUCUGUGCCAUUAGAAGAUACAUUUUUGCCAAUUAAUUUACAAAUAUCUUUCAAAAACAAAACUGACAAAUUACUUGGUUAUUGUGUUAGAGAAAAUUCCGAUUCACUUAAUGUUUUAACGUUUUGGUCUAAUGGUUACUUGUAUUCUAACGAGCUAUACGCUGAAACUAGCAGCAAUGAUUUUCCUGGUAAACAGUUGACAGAAAUAACUUUAGUUAAUUCAAAAAAACAAGUAACUUUAAUUCAACUAAGUUCAGAUUGUAUUGGUCUUUAUGGAGCAGAACCAAAAGGCGACGGAGCUGCUUUAGUAAUAUACAAUUUCCAUUACAACAUGGUAGUUGCUGUACAACAUUUUAAAGUCUAUACCAACCCUCCCAAUUUAUGGUGUUUUGGAAAUCAUUUACUCUUAGUUACAGGUCAAAACUUAGCAGUGAUUCCUUUUACAUGUGAAAGGAAUAAUUUGUCCUUGUUAAUGGAUAAUAAUUUAAUUAAAAUAAAUGAUAAAUAUGAAGAAACUGAAUGGGAUUCUUAUGCAAAACAAAAAUGUGUAGAUACAAUUUCAACUUCAGCCUUAUCACAAUCAAAAUUAAAUGAAAUGAUAAUCACUGACCAUAUUAAUAAUAAGAAAGACAAAUCAUUGAUUCGGUUACUGGUUGAAAACAAUGAUAUUAGCGAUACUUCCUUAGUUGAAAUAUUGUCAUAUUGUAGUUUAAACAUAACAAAACAUUCAAGUCUUUUGUUAAAAUUAUUUGCAUAUCCACCUUUAAAUAAACCAUCUUGUUUACGGCGCCAAUUACCGUUUGAGAAUAUGCUGAUAAUUUUGAAUACUUUGUAUUCACUUAUGAAGGAAAAAUUAAUUGAAGAAAGAUUAGUUGAUUGGAUGACACUGAUGAUAGACUGCUCAUUUCAACAAAUAUUAUUGUCAAAUGAUCCUAAAGUACUUGAACUUAUUAUUAAAGUUCAAAAAGAUAUUAAUAGCAAAUGUGACUAUGUGGAAUCAGUAUAUAAUACAAACAAUACAAUGUGUGUUAUGAAAAGUAAAAAUAUUAACAGUAAGAAACGAGAUGGACCUGUCAAUAAUUUAUAUAAAAUUGAAACAAUUAAUUUAUAUUGA